AUGUCAGCAGCCCCUUCGGCUUCAUCUUCUUGCCUCAACACUCCAUUUAUCCACCGCCCACUCAAGCUUUCUUCCCCAUUUCCUUUUCCGAGAAAAUCCCUGAAAAAUUCACGAUCUCCAGCUUCGUAUCCAUGCGUCAGGGCUGUUGACCUCGAUCAGAACACGAUAGUGGCGAUCACAGUCGGGAUUGCGAGCGUUGCACUUGGGAUAGGGAUUCCUGUUUUCUAUGAAAAUCAGAUCGACAGUGCUGCCAAAAGGGAUAAUACUCAGCCAUGCUUCCCCUGCAGUGGCAGUGGCGCUCAGAAAUGUAGAUUUUGCUUGGGUACGGGGAAUGUGACUGUUGAGCUAGGUGGGGGCGAAAAAGAAGUCUCGAGAUGCAUAAACUGUGACGGGAAUGGUUCUUUGACGUGCACUACUUGCCAAGGGAGUGGCAUCCAACCUCGUUACCUUGACCGAAGAGAAUUCAAGGAUGAUGACUAA